CGUUGUUCAAAAAGAGUCGAGUGGCUGAGGCAUUUCGCUUCAUCAACACCUCUCCCUCCCAUCAUGUUGUCGACUAAUUAAAAUUUGACUAAUGGAAAUGGACAGGAGCCAAGACCUGUCGCCAUAUAGGGGAAAGCCAGAGGUGUGGAAGACCUUGUCAUGUUCAAUGGCACAGCGUUGGUGGUGACAGCAAGCAAUCCACUUAUAGUAGUAUCCUCAGCUGAUCACCUUAACUUAAACACGCUACAAAAUCUUCUAAACAAACUUUAGAACGAAAGGAGAUUACCUCAAAUUCCUCUUUAGAAACAGAAACUUCAGGUAAACCAGGAUUUUUUUAAAGAAAUUUCAACCAAUAAUAAGACCAACCUAAGUUUAUUACCAUUCAUAUUUUUUUCUUGCAAACUAUUUGGCUUCUUUACCGGGAAAAUGAUGAAGAAAAACCUAAAUCACCAGUUUAAACUUCCUGGUUUUUUAUUAUUGUAGAACAUUUUCAGGUUGGAUAACAAAAGUUCAGUGUAAUCUAAGAUAUGAUAACAUGGGACUCCUACAUGUACGUCAAAGAAAAGAGUAAAAUAAAUAUCAACGAUGGUGAAAUUGAAACUGAAGAAUUCCGUGAAAUGUUUUUUACCUUUGCUGGUAAUGGUUUUGAUCGUGAUCUUUUUCGUGCCUAAGAAAAUUUUGAACCUGGAGCAAGUAAAACAUCAGUUGUACUACCUUUACAUCGUACAUGACAUCAAUGUGGAUGAAGAAUGGCUGCAUCGGCCCACACAGAUUUGUGAGGGGACUUUUACGGGAUACGGUAACGAGUUUGCCAUUCUUAGGGAUGUAGAGGUUUUCCCAGAAACUCACUUCAAAUUGAAAUGUGCUUCCAGAAAAUUUCGGAAUUACCAGUUCACUAACGGAAUGGGUGCAAAAAACCACCUCAACCAAUGGUUGGAAGCACUUGAAGACACUUCCGUGACAGAAAGUAAAAACGUUCAGAAAAAGAAAACUAUUUUUGUGUUACGAUAUGAAUAUGCAAAUCUUUAUCACCAGAUGACAGACUUCUACAAUGCUUUUCUCGUAGCAAAACUUUUGAAAAUUCCGCCGGAUGAUUUGGAUGUGGUACUAACGGAUCGAAACUCACCUUCCGUUCUGGACAAGGCUUGGGAUGUUCUCUUUGGAAAUGUUACGAAAGUCAAGGACAUGAAGGAACCAGUUUUUUACAAAGAGGUUAUUUGGGCUGUGAUAGGAUACAACAGUCCUAUGAACUUUCAUUCUCUAAACUCUCUACCAUAUGUUGAGGAAUUUUCACAUUUUUUUAAAACCAGAUACAAUACUGGACCAAAAGUGUUGGACUGUGCCGGAGUUUCAAUACUGUUCGUGUGGCGUAGAAACUAUGUCGCUCAUCCAGGGAAUCCAUCGGGGACGAUCUCGAGGAAAAUAAAAAAUGAAAAAGAACUGAUAGAGGCUGUACAGGAAGUGUUUCCCGGGCACAGUGUUGCUGGGAUACAGCUGGAUGAACACGAAAUUAACGACCAAGUGAAAUGGGUGUCGCAGACAGACAUUCUCGUUGGCAUGCAUGGAGCUGGUAUGAGUCAUAUCAUGGAGUUACCUUACCAUGCUGGAGUGUUAGAACUCUUCCCUACCUACAAGGCCAAAACUAAUCGUCAUUUCAGAGCUAUGGCACGAUGGAGAGGAUUACAUUAUCGCAGCUGGCAGAAUAUAAAUCCAAAUAAUGAGUUCAAAGGUCAAUAUACUCGUAUACCACCGAUCGUUGUAACACAACAUCUUCUUGGUCUAUACAGAGAUAUGUGUGGCUCAAUAACAAUUCCUGCAAAAACGUGAUAAUUACAUUGCAUUCAUAUCACUUAAUUGUUGAAUUGGAGGCCAUGGAUAACAGAUUUUCCAUUUUGAGUAUAAAUAUCUACAUUUGAAAAGUAAACGUGUCUCUUAUUUAAAUAGAGAUUCGUGUUUGAAAUACAGAUAUUUCUAUCCUGACACAGAUAUGUCUAAUCUUACAAGAAAAAGAGCUAGCUGCAAUCUUAUAUCGAAUCAAAAAUGUAAUUAAGAUAGUUAUAUCAAUGAAGAUAUCUCUAUUUAAUUGCUAUAAAAAGUUACUACUUUAUUUAUAAUUACUGCCCUUAAGUGGCAGGAAGUAGGAUUAAUGUUGCCAGUUUUGCCAUGACUUCGCGCGAUUUGAUUCAGGUGUGUAGUUAUUAAGUUAACCGAACAUUUGAAUCCAAGUAACCGAGCACUUGAAUCCGUGUCACCGAACACUUUAAUCCAAGUAAUCGAACACUUGAAUCUGAGUCACAGAGCACUUGAAUCCCAGUCACAGAACACUUGAAUCCGAGUCAUGGCAAAACUUGAAUCCAAGUCACCGAACACUUUAAUCCAAGUAACCGAACACUUGAAUCCGAGUCACAGAGCACUUGAAUCCCAGUCACAGAACACUUGAAUCCGAGUCAUAGAACACUUGAAUCCGAGUCAUGGCAAAACUUGUAUCUGAGUCGCUGAACACCUGAAUACGAGUCAUAGAAUAUUUGAAUUCGAGUCAAAGAACACUUGAAUCCGAGUCAUAGAACACCUGAAACCGAGUCAUAGAACAUUUGAAUCCGAGUCAUAGAACACCUGAAUCCGAGUCAUAGAACACUUGAAUCUGAGUCACAGAACACUUGAAUCCGAGUCAUGGAAAAACUUGCAACAGAAUCUACUUUCUGCCAUUAUAGAGUAGUAAAGAAGUAUUUUUUCAUUGCAAUGAUGAUGGUGGGGAGAAUAUUUUCUGUUCAUCCGUUUAAUGCAGUGAAUGACAAAAUAAUAAAAACAGAUAUUUCAAAUUGAAAUUGAUUGAAAUACAGAUAUCUCUACUUAUACCAGAUAUAGUGAUAUCUCUUAUCAGAUUGAUAUAUAGAUAUCUCAAUUUUAAAUACAUGUAUAUCUCUAUUUUGAUAGAUAAAAAUAAAAAAAGAUU